GAAAUCAACUAUCAUUCACCUUUACAUUCACUAUUGUCCAUGGUACUAGUUUCUUUUCCGUCGUUCUUCGUUUACAGUAAAGGAGGUUAGAAAUAUGACUCGCAAACGCCGCAAUGGAGGACGCGCCAAGCACGGUCGUGGCCACGUUAAGGCCGUAAGGUGCACAAACUGCGCGCGAUGCGUGCCUAAAGACAAAGCCAUCAAGAAAUUCGUGAUCAGGAACAUUGUUGAGGCGGCUGCCGUCAGAGAUAUCAAUGAAGCCUCAGUUUAUACUUCAUUCCAGCUCCCCAAGCUGUACGCCAAGCUGCACUACUGCGUGUCAUGUGCUAUCCACAGUAAAGUAGUACGCAACAGGUCCAAGAAAGACCGGCGCAUCCGCACACCACCCAAGAGCACUUUCCCCAGGGAUAUGCAGCGCCCGCAGAAUGUGCAGAGAAAGUGAUUAACUUUAAUUAAUAAAAAUGUAAAAACUUA